AUGAGCAGCCAGCGUGUACCAAUUGCACCCCAGCGCGUCGAUGCGCCCCUGACUCAAUCAGCAACCUUCCUCGUCGUCACCGCGACCAAAAAGCCCGACUCAAUCAGCACCAUCCGCUCAACACUCGCCGGUCUAGAAAGCCUAGCCAAAAACGUCUCAAUACGCGAUCUAAGCGCUCAAUUCGCCUGCACCGUCGGCAUCGGCCAUGACAUAUGGGACGAGCUGACAAAAUUACCUCGUCCAGCUGAGCUGCACCCAUUCCGCGAGGUGAAGGGCGCAAAGCAUACCGCAAUCUCUACACCCGGCGACCUGCUCUUCCACAUCCGAUCCGAGCGCCGAGACCUCUGCUUCGAGUUCGAGCGGCAAUUAAUGGACCAGCUCGGCGAUGCGGUUUCGGUGGUAGACGAGACAGUUGGAUUCCGAUACUUCGACGUGCGCGAUCUCCUCGGUUUCGUCGACGGCACGGCCAACCCCGUCGGACCUUCCGUUCCAGCCUCUGUUCUCGUCGCAGAAGAAGAUCACUAUAUUGUUGUGCAGAAAUACACCCACGACCUACCAGGCUGGAAAGUCCUGUCUACUGAGCAGCAGGAGAAGAUAAUUGGGCGGACGAAGAUCGAUAACAUCGAGUUGGAUGAUGCUGAGUCUGGGCAGCGCUCUCAUAAGACGUUGAACACGAUUGAGGACGAAGAUGGGAAUGAGCGUGAUAUUUUGCGCGAUAAUAUGCCGUUUGGAUCGCCUGGGUCUGCGGAGUUCGGGACAUACUUUAUUGGAUAUACGCGACACUUGUGGGUGAUCGAGAAGAUGCUGGAGCGAAUGUUUGUUGGAGAUCCGCCUGGAUUGCAUGAUCGGAUUCUGGAUUUCUCUAAACCAUUGACUGGGACGACCUUCUUUGCGCCCUCGGCCAGCUUGUUGGCUAGUCUAGACUCCGACUGA